CUUCUCGCUCUCACACGUCUCCUUUCACCAGCUGACACCGUUGCUGUUUCUUUUGUGCCAGGUAGAAAAUUGCCGAAGAUGACGCCUUUACCUUACAAAGUUGCUGAUAUAAGUCUUGCCGAUUUCGGUCGCAAGGAAAUAAAUAUAGCAGAAAAUGAAAUGCCAGGACUUAUGUCGCUACGAAAAUUAUACGGGCCGUCAAAACCACUAAAAGGCGCUAGGAUAGCGGGGUGCCUGCAUAUGACGAUUCAGACAGCAGUUUUAAUAGAAACUCUCAGAGAAUUGGGUGCAGAAGUACAAUGGUCGUCAUGCAAUAUUUUUUCCACACAAGAUCAUGCUGCCGCAGCUAUCGCAUCGACCGGGGUUCCAGUUUUUGCAUGGAAAGGUGAAACAGAUGAUGAAUACAUGUGGUGUAUUGAGCAAACAUUGGUGUUUUCAGAUGGCCAACCAUUAAACAUGAUUUUGGAUGAUGGGGGCGAUCUUACUAACUUGGUACAUCAGAAGUUUCCUCAGUAUUUAGAAGGAAUCAAAGGGAUAUCUGAAGAAACAACAACAGGUGUUCACAAUCUGUAUAAAAUGAUGGAAAAGGGUACUCUCCAUACCCCCGCAAUCAAUGUAAAUGAUUCGGUUACCAAAAGCAAAUUUGAUAAUUUAUACGGAUGCAGGGAGUCGCUGGUUGAUGGAAUAAAACGAGCUACCGAUGUUAUGUUGGCAGGAAAAGUUGCAGUCGUUGCAGGAUAUGGUGACGUCGGAAAAGGAAGUUCGUCUUCACUUCGUGCUUUUGGUUGCAGAGUCAUAAUCACGGAAAUUGAUCCGAUCAAUGCAUUGCAAGCAGCAAUGGAAGGAUAUGAAGUUACAACAAUUCAAAAAGCUGCUUCUCGUGCCAACAUUAUCGUUACAACCACUGGUUGCAAAAGCAUUGUUACUCAAGAAAUAUUCGAAGCGUUGCCCAAUGAUGCAAUUGUUUGCAAUAUUGGACAUUUUGAUUGUGAACUUGAUGUCGCAUGGCUCAAUAAGAACGCAAUUGAAAAAGUGACUGUUAAGCCACAGGUUGACAGAUACAGAAUGAAAAGUGGAAAGCACGUCAUUCUACUCGCAGAAGGACGAUUGGUCAAUCUUGGGUGUGCAACAGGUCACCCAAGCUUUGUCAUGAGUAAUUCAUUCACCAAUCAAACUCUUGCACAAAUUGAACUGUGGUCGAACAAUGCUGAGUACAGCAAGUAUGCAAAGGGAAAAGUUUACAUGUUGCCCAAACAACUUGAUGAAAAAGUCGCAGCAUUGCAUCUUGACCAUCUCGGGGUCGAGCUCACUAAAUUAUCAGAAGAUCAAUCGCAAUAUCUAGGGGUCGCUGUCAAAGGGCCGUACAAACCAGAACAUUAUCGUUACUAGUUUCACAAGUAUUGGUGUAUCUGUAAUCCCCAGAGCAUGGCAGUUGGCUUAAUUGCAAAAACUGCUAGCAAAGAAGGAAGGUUUUAUUUCGAAAUUGAAAAAAUGUUAAAACCUAUUUUGCAAAAUGCUGACGUGCGAACCUAAUAAAUUUACCACGUAUUUCCAUACAUCCACAAUAUAUUACGAGUUCAUGAACUAGACUGUUACUGUUUCUCUUUCUACUGUAAUAAAAAUUGGAAUUGGCAACAGUGAGAACGUACAUUUUAUCU